UCCAGUGCGCGCAGUUCAUGUAGUUUACUCAUUUCACGCUGUUUUACUCUCCUCCCGUCUCCUCCUUUGGUCCAGUGAGUGUGAGCCUGCAGCAAGUGAUGAUCCCAGCAUCCCUGCCGUUACGACCAGCGCACUGCACAGAUCACACCACCGCGACAAUUCGCGCGGUAUUUUUCUUUUAACGCGCGUUUAAAUGCCACAGUGGAAUAUAGAAUUUUAAUUUGAAUCGCCCGAGCGACCGUUUAUGCAAAUGGACUAACCGCGUACGUGCGACUACAACCGCACACUGGCUGGAACCGCACGGUGUAAGCCACAAGGGACACCGUCUGUACAUCAACGUUACACUGGCCGCAUUCGCACCCUCCGUCAUCUCUAUGGAAACCGAGUACCGUCAGGCAUCCCUGGGCUCUCUGGUGUGUACCCAAGAUGGGGAGCCGAUGAGCUGCCAGACCCCGGGCCCUGUGACGUACCAGCCGGGGACCACCGGGGUCGGAUCCGACUCCUUCCCGUGUCUGCGCCCCCUUACUUUCCCCCAGCCAUCCAAUGAGGAGGCACGGCGCUCGGGAGAGGUCACCGUUAUGGUCAAGGAGAAAGCUGAGAGUGUCGACAGGAUUUGUUCCUCCCCGAACGAUGCUUCUGCCUCCAAACCCAUUCUCUCGUCUCCUCCUCGCCGGCAUCAUUCUCUCCCUCAUACGCACCAUCCACAUGUGGCCCGCACCCGGAUGGGCAGCCGCUCCAGCUCCAUCGCCUACACAGCGUUCUCCCCGCGGCCCUCUAUUUCACGCCACUCCAGCAUCGCCACCAACCCCCCGAUGGACCGCUCCAAACCCAAAGACUACCUCAUCCUUGCUGUCAUCGCCUGUUUCUGCCCUGUCUGGCCAAUCAACAUUGUGGGAUUUGUUUACUCCAUCAUGUCCCGAAACAGUCUAGAGCAGGGGAACAUAGACGGAGCGAGACGACUGGGUCGCGUAGCCAAGCUGCUCUCUGUGGUCUCUCUGGUGGGAGGAGCUGUCAUCAUCGUAGCAUGCGCUGUGAAUCUGUCAAUUAAUGUCAAAUCCUGAAUGCGGUGAGCCUGCCACGAAGCCAGUUUCACAUCAGACCACUGACCCGAACACCACGGCCCAUUUGUUUUGCCCCACUGCUGCUGUGACGGCAAUCACAACGUAGAGAGCAAUCGAUAAUCGGAUGACUUUGCUCUCUGAAAGAACCCUUGGUAAUCUGCACCAACAUGCCAUCCUUCAAACAGAUGGAGCAAGAUACUUCACUGAAGUCUCACACAACAAUGAGAAAAGAGAGUUUUACUCUUGCGUCCGUUCCUUGGCACUUACUCCGAGGCUAUUGGAGUCUCUCACACCAAAACUAUAGCUCAUGCUCUGCAAAGACUGGCUGCACUCACACGCUGUCAUUGAGGAGAAUUGCUGGUAAAGCAAAAGUAUUUGUCCUUCUCCAGAAGCAGAAAACAAGCCAAACCAAUAUACAGACGUGGGUUUGUCAGAUUGUUCCUCCUUUAAAGUAUCUGAUGAGAAACACAAGCCAAUUGUUCUGAAGAUUGUCAAGUGGCUCAUAUGUGAUGAAGUGGAUCUCCUCAGUCGUGAGAAACCUCAAGUAAACUGGAGUCGUGAUCAUGUCCUUAUAUCAGAGACGCACUUAUUGACAACAUUUGUUCAGUUUUCAAAAUCUCAGAGAACCAUUUAUGAGAAGAUCACCUGUGAGUAAAGAAGAGAGAUAUCUUAGUAAAAAGAGUACAAGAGUCAUCUUUUUGUUUAUUUUCUUGUCCUUGUAUACUGUACAUUUUUAAGAAGAUGACAAAAAUUUUUUGAUUUAUUUUCUUCCAUCAGACAUUUGGAGUUUAUAUUGUGAUUCUGUUUUAAAAUUAUUUUACAUUUUUCAUUUAACUGAUGACAAUCAAAUCUUCCUUUCUGUUCAUUUGUCUUUUUCUCAAAAAAAAACAAAAAAAAAAAACUGACUGUUCUUGAACGUCACAAACGUGUAGUCGUGCUUACACAAAAUGUAGCUAACAACCCUAAAAUUGUGUUUUGGACAACCAAAAUAUUGCAGCCGAAAAUAAUCCACACCCCUUUUGAUGAAGCAAUAUGCAAGCACUCACAGUCGAAAUGGAUUUUCAUCACAUCGUAAAAGUGUUUCUGAAAAUAUUAAUCUUUAUAAAAAAAACACACUGUGUCUGCUGCAAACCUUUGUAUUGAACUGUGUUGUUGGGUUAUUUAUAUACACUGUGUAAUCUGAAAUAUCUGUAGCUAAAUGUAGCCAAAUCACAACUGAAUCUUGCAAUAUUGUAUUAAUUAGACGUUGUGUUAAUGACCCCAUCCUGUAGAUCCAAAUGGGACAUUUGGCUGUUAAUACUGAUGAGUCUAUGAGCUUGUGGGGCUCUGGAGGAUUUUAUUGCUCUAGGUUAUGAAUUGUAUAUAAAGAGGAAUGUAUGAUGAUGAGAUUUCAACAUGUGGGAUGCUGGGUUUGUAAUGAGGGCAACUGAUGUCAUCAUUCUCUGGUUGUGAAUGGAUGUAGCUUUUGUGCAUUUCAUUUCUGUUUAGGUACUGCAUAUGCUAUACUACAGAACUUGUGAUAUGUGACGAUUAUAUUUACGGUAGGUCAAGUUGGUUAAUUCCAUGUAUUUCUUUAUAUCGUUUUUUUUCUAAUACAUAUAUUUAUUUUUCCUAAUACCCUUUUGGCACAUGGGAGUACAUAAACAUUCUUGUUUCAAACCACCCUGAUAGAGUGAUAAAGAGCUGAGACUUAUGAAAUAUUUAGCUAUUGUGCACUUAUUUUUGCAUGCACCCUUCUUUCUCAAAUAUUUUGAUAGUCUUGUAAGAAGCACUCUUUCCCUCUAUGUAUCCUCUGUAGGGAAACAGAAUAAAGCAUUAAAAAGAU